AUGAUUGGAUCUUCGGAAGGUUAUUUGAGAAUUUAUGAUGUUCAACAAGAUAAAAUUAUUCGUGAAGAGAGAUUUCACGAUUUGGAAAUUGUUAAAAUUCGAUCACAAAGUGUUUUUCACAACACACUUCUUCCAAAUUUUCAAAAAGAAAUUAUUUUAAUAAUAUAUCCUAAUCAUGUCAUCACUAUUGAUCCUCUCCAUCUCAAAAAGGAAUUAAAUAGUGAAAAUCCUUCCAUGGAUUUGGAUGAUUUAGAAUACAAGAAAUGGAAUUUACAAGAAUUUGCUAAACUUAAUGAUGCUUGUUGUUUAUAUUCUCAUUGUUCUGAUUCUUCAAUUUUUGAAGUGAUGGAAGAAAAGAGUGAAUUUGAUAUUGUAGCGGUUGGUAAAUCAACACUAGCUCUCUACUCAACAGCUAAUGAAAUUGUUGAAUAUGUGAGAAAGAGAACAAGAGUGAAGAAAAUUGCAACACAAGUAGCAAGCAAAGUUUAUUCUCUUGCAUCCAAUUACAGCUCAUGGUUAUGGGGAGGAAAUAAGGAAGUUGAGCAACCGAGUGAACCUGAAGAACCAGAAAUAUUACCAGGUACACGUAUUCCAAUUUCCAAUCGAUUCAUAGAUGAAAAGAGAGAAAUAUUUCAUGCUGAUUUGGAUUAUACAGGAAAAUAUUUGGCAACGAGUGAUUCUUUGGGAAGAAUUUUAAUAUUUGAUUUAUCAACCAUGACUGUUAUGAAAGUAUUUAAAGGAUACAGAGAAGCUCAUUGUUAUUGGUUUUUCACUGGAUCAGAACCUGAAAAUAUGAAUAGUGAAUCAAAUAUUGAAUUAUUAUUGAUAUUUGCACCUAGGAGAGGCAUAUUGGAAUGUUGGACCAUUGAUGGAAGGAGAUUAUAUGCACUAACCGUUGGAACUGAUAAGAGAUUUAUUAAGGCAUCUGGAAAUUUCAUUGAAGGAAAAGAAACAACCUUUCAUCCUUCACAAUUUUAUCUCAUCUCACAAACAGAUGGAUCCAUUCAACAAGUAGAAUUUGACAUUUCACUUGAAAAGAUACAAAAAAGUGAUUUUAUUGAUAAUUCCUCUUCUUCAGGUUCUGCAAAUCCAUUCAAAUUACUAAUGGAAAAUAAACUCAAUUAA